CUUCUCUUUGAAUGACAGAACCACAGCAUAAUGCGUGGCUUCAACCUGCUCCUCUUCUGGGGAUGUUGUGUUAUGCACAGCUGGGAAAGGCACACAGGACCCACACUGAAACCAGUGACAAAGGGUAAUAACUGUAGAGACAGUACCAUGUGCCCAGCUUAUGCCACUUGCAGCAACACAGUGGACAGUUACUAUUGCACUUGCAAACAAGGCUUCCUGUCCAGCAAUGGACAAAAUCACUUCAAGGGUCCAGGAGUGCAAUGCAAAGAUAUUGAUGAAUGUUCUCAAAGCCCCCAGCCCUGUGGUCCUAACUCAUCCUGCGAAAACCUGUCAGGGAGGUACAAGUGCAGCUGUUUAGAUGGUUUCUCUUCUCCCACUGGAAAUGACUGGAUCCCAGGAAAGCCGGGCAAUUUCUCCUGUACUGAUAUCAAUGAGUGCCUCACCGGCAGGGUCUGCCCUGAGCAUUCUGACUGUGUCAACUCCAUGGGAAGCUACAAUUGCAGCUGUCAAGUUGGAUUCAUCUCUAGAAACUCCACCUGUGAAGAUGUGGAUGAAUGUGCAGAUCCAAGAGCUUGCCCAGAGCAUGCAACUUGUAAUAACACUGUUGGAAACUACUCUUGUUUCUGCAACCCAGGAUUUGAAUCCAGCAGUGGCCACUUGAGUUUCCAGGGCCUCAAAGCAUCAUGUGAAGAUAUUGAUGAAUGCACUGAAAUGUGCCCCAUCAAUUCAACAUGCACCAACACUCCUGGGAGCUACUUUUGCACCUGCCACCCUGGCUUUGCACCAAGCAAUGGACAGUUGAAUUUCACAGACCAAGAAGUGGAAUGUAGAGAUAUUGAUGAGUGCCGCCAAGAUCCAUCAACAUGUGGUCCUAAUUCUAUCUGCACCAAUGCCCUGGGCUCCUACAACUGUGGCUGCAUUGCAGGCUUUCAUCCCAAUCCAGAAGGCUCCCAGAAAGAUGGCAACUUCAGCUGCCAAAGGGUUCUCUUCAAAUGUAAGGAAGAUGUGAUAUCCGAUAAUAAGCAGGUCCAGCAAUGCCAAGAGGGAACUGCAGUGAAACCUGCAUAUGUCUCCUUUUGUGCACAAAUAAAUAACAUCUUAAGCAUUCUGGACAAAGUGUGUGAAAAUAAAACAACUGUAGUUUCUCUGAAGAAUACAGCUGAGAGCUUUGUCCCUGUGCUUAAACAAAUAUCCACGCGGACUAAAUUCACCAAGGAAGAGACGUCCUCCCUGGCCACAGUCUUCCUAGAGAGUGUGGAAAGCAUGACACUGGCAUCUUUUUGGAAACCCUCAGCAAAUGUCACUCCGGCUGUUCGGACAGAAUACUUAGACAUUGAGAGCAAAGUUAUCAACAAAGAAUGCAGUGAAGAGAAUGUGACCUUGAACUUGGUAGCCAAGGGGGAUAAGAUGAAGAUCGGGUGUUCCACAAUUGAGGAAUCUGAAUCCACAGGGACCACUGGUGUGGCUUUUGUCUCCUUUGUGGGCAUGGAGUCGGUUUUAAAUGAGCGCUUCUUCCAAGACCACCAGGCUCCCUUGACCACCUCUGAGAUCAAGCUGAAGAUGAAUUCUCGAGUCACUGGGGGCAUCAUGGCUGGGGAGAAGAAAGACGGCUUCUCAGAUCCAGUCAUCUACACUCUGGAGAACAUUCAGCCAAAGCAGAAGUUUGAGAGGCCCAUCUGUGUUUCCUGGAGCACCGAUGUGGAAGGUGGAAGAUGGACAUCCUUUGGCUGUGUGAUCCUGGAAGCUUCUGAGACAUAUACCGUCUGCAGCUGUAAUCGGAUGGCAAAUCUUGCCGUUAUCAUGGCGUCUGGGGAGCUCACGAUGGACUUCUCCUUGUAUGUCAUUAGCCAUGUGGGCAUUAUCAUCUCCUUGGUGUGCCUCGUCUUGGCCAUCGCCACCUUUCUGCUGUGUCGCUCCAUCCGAAAUCACAACACCUACCUCCACCUGCACCUCUGCGUGUGUCUCCUCUUGGCGAAGACUGUCUUCCUAGCCGGUAUACACAAGACUGACAACAAGACGGGCUGCGCCAUCAUUGCGGGCUUCCUUCACUACCUUUUCCUUGCCUGCUUCUUCUGGAUGCUGGUGGAGGCUGUGAUACUCUUCUUGAUGGUCAGAAACCUGAAGGUGGUGAAUUACUUCAGCUCUCGCAACAUCAAGAUGCUGCACAUCUGUGCCUUUGGUUAUGGGCUGCCGGUGCUGGUGGUGGUGAUUUCUGCCAGUGUGCAGCCACAGGGCUAUGGAAUGCAUAAUCGCUGCUGGCUGAAUACAGAGACAGGGUUCAUCUGGAGUUUCUUGGGGCCAGUUUGCACAGUCAUAGUGAUCAACUCCAUCCUCCUGACCUGGACCUUGUGGAUCCUGAGACAGAGGCUUUCCAGUGUUAAUGCCGAAGUCUCAACGCUGAAAGACACCAGGUUAUUGACCUUCAAGGCCUUUGCCCAGCUCUUCAUCCUGGGCUGCUCCUGGGUGCUGGGCAUUUUUCAGAUUGGACCUGUGGCAGGUGUCAUGGCUUACCUGUUCACCAUCAUCAACAGCCUGCAGGGAGCCUUCAUCUUCCUCAUCCACUGUCUGCUCAACCACCAGGUACGAGAAGAAUACAGGAGGUGGCUAAUUGGGAAGACGAAGCCCAGCUCCCAGUCCCAGACCUCAAGGAUCUUGCUGUCCUCCAUGCCAUCCACUUCCAAGAUGGGUUAAAGUCCUUUCUUGCUUUCAAAUAUGCUCUGGAGCCACAGUUGAGGACAGUAGUUUCCUGCAGGAGCCUACCCUGAAAUCUUCUCUUCGCAGCUUAACAUGGAAAUGAGGAUCCCACCAGCCCCAGAACUCUCUGGGGAAGAAUGUUGGGGGCCGUCUUCCCAUGGUUGUAUGCACUGAUGAGAAAUCAGGCGUUUCUGCUCCAAACGACCAUUUUAUCUUCGUGCUCUGCAACUCCUUCAAUUCCAGAGUUUCUGAGAACAGACCCCAAUUAAAUGGCAUGACCAAGAACACCUGGCUACCAUUUUGUUUUCUCCUGCCCUUGUUGGCGCAUGGUUCUAAGCGUGCCCCUCCAGCGCCUAUCAUACGCCUGACACAGAGAACCUCUCAAUACAUGAUUUGUCGCCUGUCUGACUGAUUUACCCUAGGAUAAAGACUCUUUGUGAUUUUAAAGAAAUGGUCAGUAAAACUGUAAUGAGAGUCCCAGGGAACCAAGAUGGCACAUAGACAGAUAAGCUACUUUGGCACAAACACUUAAAAAUAGUUAUGUUGGUAAGUAGGGGGAUGUUUGAUGUAGCAGAAUUCUAGCACUUCCUGCAGAGUUGAAGCACUUGGUGACAACAACCUUUGGAAAGUGCUCUGGUUUCCUGGGGUCCUUCAGGUAACCAAGACCUCCCUGUUUUCUGGAAACUUUCUAAUGACUUGGCUAGGAUUUAGGAUUUGCUCUGUCACAGUUAUCGCUACCCAUCCUUAAUUUUUUUUUUUUUUUUUGACAGAGUCUCGCUCUGUUGCCCAGGCCAGAGUGCAGUGGCAUGAUCUCGGCUCACUGCAAACUCUGCCUCCCGGGUGCAAGUGAUUCUCCUGCCUCAGCCUCCCAAGUAGCUGGACUGCAGGCGUGCACCACCACGCCUGGCUAAUUUUUGUAUUUUUAGUAGAGAUGGAGUUUCAGCAUGUUAGCCAGGCUGAUCUUGAACUCCUAACCUCAGAUGAUCCACCUGCCUCACCCUCCCAAAGUGCUGGGAUUACAGGCAUGAGCCACUGUGCCCAGCCACCAUCCUUAAAUUCUUGAGCUCGGGAGAGAAGAUGAAGGUUUAAAUGCAGGUAUCUUCACUUCUAUGGACAUUCUAAAACCUUCCAAUCCAAAGCGUGGUCCCUGGACCAUCAGCAUCACCUGAGAGCUUGUUAGAAAAGCAAAGAAGAAUCUCAGACCCCACUCCAGACCUCCUAGAUCAGAACUUGCAUGUUAACAAAAUCCCCAGAGGAUGAGUAUAACCAGGGGUGUCUGAAAAGCACUAUUGUAGAACAUUCUUCUGUUUGCCAUGCUGACAGCAGAGCUUGUCUUUAAAACCAGAGAAAAAUGUCUUCCUCUUGACUUGGACCCUUUGCACCUUCUCUUAGAAUAACUUCCCUGAAAACUCAAUUGAUGUCUUCUGUCUCUUUGAGUUGCAGUGUAGUCAUCCCCUCUGCUAGGAAGCAUUCUUUGAAUCUCCUGCAGUAGAAUUGGCAUUAUUUUUGUGUGUGCCAAAAAGCUUCAUGCUUUCUCACCCUGUAUUAUAAUUUCUCUUUUUGUUGGGUGUCUCCAACAUAGACUGUGAGCUUCGUAAGUACAGGGAUUUGCAUAAGUAGAUUCUCAAUAAAUAUGUUGAAUGAAUGAAUGAAUGAAUGAUUAGAAUGAUUACUCUUCAUUUUGCAGACAGGUGAACUGAAGCUCAGAGAGGUUAAGUGACUAUCCCAGGAUCACACAGCCACAGAGGCCGUUGAGCUGGGUUUUGAGCUCUUGACCAUAAAGCUCCUUCUCCAGAUGCUUUAUUCCCCUUUUUCUCUUCCUUACAUGCCAGGAAUACUUAGUUUAGGGUCACAGAGACUAGAAUAAUAUUUACUCUGAGUCACCUAAGCAGUUAGGAUUCAAUUAGCUCAGUCAUAUCUUGCACUGGACAAUUUGUUAACAACAUUAAACUCAGUUGAUGGAGGCUCUGUCUUUGUUAUUCUUGGCAGUCUAACUUGGGAGGUGGGACACAUGUUUGUGAACAAGAGCUCAUCUAUGGUAAAUUAGUCUUCAAUGCAUGGCUUAUCCAGGGUGCUCAAUACAGAGGUGACAGUUCUUAGAGAUAUGGAAGCAAGAGAUGGCAUUGCUCCUACCCAUAGCCAGUUGUCACAGGUCAAUGGCAUCAAUGGGCCUAAUGAUGGUCUCCAGCUAGCCACAUCCCUUUCCUGUAACUCUGUAACUCUCUCCUUUUCUGACUCUGGGGUUGGACUUGAGAUUUGCUGCAGCCAACGGAAUGUUAGGAAAUGUGACUGGAACGUAAGUUUCAAACUCGUACGUGUAAUCCUUCUUACCAGUUACACGAUUACAUCUGCUCACCUUGCUUCCUUACCCCCACCAUGUGGACACGCCCAAGCCCACCCGCUGGAGGGACAUGAGAAACACCG